UUUCAUUAAGAGGAGAAAUCCCAGAGAUCAUAACAAGAGAACAGCUUUGGCAUCAAAUGUUCAUUCCUGCACAAGAAUGGCAGAACAUUCAAGAAAAGGCGAAGAAAAGUGUGAGAAACCGAAGAUAGUUGUGCCUGAAUUAUGCCUAGAUGUUGUGAAAGAUGAAGUGCACUCAUCGCCAUCUUCACCAGUUACCCUGAGGAAGACAUCAAGUGUGAGGUAUAAUUGCUUGUGCUCUCCAACGACACAUGCCGGCUCGUUCAGGUGCCGGUACCACCGGAACCACAGCCUUACUCGCAAUAGCAUUUCUGUUGGUUCUAAGCUUUCAGAGUUAGCUGGUAAAUCAACUCAACUCUGUGAUGGAUUUGACAAUCAUCUCAUUUCUGGGCAAAACAGGGCUCAUGAUCAAUCAUAAAUGCAUCAGUACUCGUUUGUUUAAUAGCUUGGGCAGUAUUUUCUUUUUGAACCAAAAAUUUGAAUCUGCAUACGACAGAUCAUGGUUCUUGAAGUAUCUGAUUGAUUUAGAGUCCAUGUGCAAGUUUCUAAUUAAUCUUAUAUGCAUCAAGCCUCGUUAGUAUAAAAUUUGUAUUUUAAUCAUUUAGAUUAUCGAGUGAAUAGACAUUUCAAUUCAGUGAAAAUCAGGACGUUAAUGAUAAAUUAAGAGAACGACGACUAAAGUAGUUGGAGAACAAGGCCCUCGAGAGCAAGGAAACUGAGUAAAACAAGCCGGAAGAUGGAAGGAUAGAUCAAAAGUAACAUGAUUCGUUGUUGUUGCUUUAUCUAUCAGAAAAUCUAGCAAUGAACCUAAUUU